AUGCCGGGAGAGGUCAUCGACCGUCCCAAUCCAUCGGCGCUGCCGUCACAGCUGCCUGACGAGGUCCUGAACCUUGCAGUCAAGCUCCAGAGAAAGCCACUUGACAAAGAUGUAGCCCAAUCACUUGAAGACUUCCAGAAUGCCGCCUGCUACAUCGCGGCUGCUAUGAUCUUCCUGCAGGACAAUGCCCUCCUCGAGUCAGACCUCACGUUCGAUCACGUCAAGCCACGACUCCUCGGUCACUGGGGGACGUGUCCCGGCCUCAUUCUGGUCUGGUCACACCUCAAUCUCUUGAUCCGCAACCACGACCUCGAGAUGAUCUAUGUCAUCGGUCCCGGCCAUGGAGCGCCUGCCGCCCUGGCCUCUCUCUGGCUCGAGGGCUCCCUCGAGCGUUUCUAUCCCAAACAAUAUCCCGUCAACAAGAAGGGUCUCUCGAACCUUAUCAGCGGGUUUUCUGUGCCUGGAGGCUUUCCCAGCCACAUCAAUUCGGAGACGCCCGGUUCCAUCCACGAGGGCGGCGAGCUCGGCUAUGCUCUGGGGGUAUCUUUUGGUGCCGUCAUGGACAAUCCUGACCUGAUUGUCACUUGCGUGGUGGGAGAUGGUGAGGCGGAGAGCGGACCUACUGCAGCCGCCUGGCACGCCAUCAAGUAUAUUGACCCAAAAGAGUCUGGCGCCGUCAUUCCCAUCCUCCAUGUAAACGGCUUCAAGAUUAGCGAGCGCACCAUCUUUGGCUGCAUGGACGACAAGGAGAUAGUUUCGCUUUUCAGCGGUUACGGCUACCAGGUCUACAUUGUCCAGGACCUCGCCAAUAUCAACGAAGACCUCGCAAACGCACUGGAGUGGGCACUUUCUGAGAUUAAGAAGAUCCAAAAGGCUGCGCGGUUUGGAGAGCCAAUUUCUAAGCCCCGAUGGCCCAUGCUGGUGAUGAGGACCCCGAAGGGCUGGAGCGGACCCAAAAAGGUUGACGGUAAGAUUGUCGAAGGAUCGUUCAACUCGCACCAGGUUCCUUUGAAGAAGGCCAAAACGGACGAGAGCCAUCUCCGCAAUCUCAAGGAGUGGCUGUCGCACUACAAGAUUAACGAUCUCUUAACCGACGGAAAGCCGAACAACACCAUCCUCGACAUUCUCCCCAAAACGGACGCGAAGAAACUUGGCCAGUUCAAGCCAACACAUGAGCCUUACAUCGGUCUAGAUCUUCCUGACUGGAAGUCAUUCGGCGUCGAACGCGGCCACCAGAACAGCGAGAUGGAGGCGACGGCUAAGUUCCUUGACCGGGUCAUCCAACACAAUCCGCACACCUUCCGCAUGUUCUCACCCGACGAGCUGGAAAGCAACAAGUUUGGAGCUGUUCUCGAACAUACGGGGCGCAACUUCCAGUGGGACGAGUUUUCGAGGAACAAGGGGGGCCGCGUCAUUGAGAUUCUGUCAGAGCACUGCUGCCAGGGCUUCAUGCAGGGCUACACGCUCACCGGACGAGUCGCUCUGUUUCCCAGCUAUGAAUCGUUCUUAGGAAUCGUCCAUACGAUGAUGGUCCAGUACGCCAAGUUCAGCAAGAUCGCUCAGUCGCUUGACUGGCGCGGUGACCUGGCAUCGAUCAACUACAUCGAAACGAGCACCUGGGCGCGCCAGGAGCACAACGGCUUCUCCCACCAGAACCCCUCAUUCAUCGGAGCCGUCUAUCUGCCCCCCGACGCCAACUGCUUCCUUAGCACAGUCCACCACUGUUUGAAGUCCAAAAACUACGUAAACCUCAUGAUCGGCUCCAAGCAGCCGACUACAACCUUCCUCUCCCCCGAAGACGCCGAUAAGCAUUGCCAGGCCGGCGCCUCCAUCUGGCCUUUCGCCUCCACCCCACUCGCCGAGGGCGACCAACCCGACGUUGUCCUCGUCGGCAUCGGCGUCGAGGUGACCUUUGAAGUUGUCAAGGCCGCCGAGCUCCUGCGCACGCUGGCCCCGUCGCUCAAGAUCCGCAUCGUCAACGUCACGGACCUCAUGGUCCUCGUCGCCGAGUCGCGCCACCCGCACUCCCUGACGCGCGACGAGUUCAUAGCCAUGUUCACCGCCGACAGGCCCGUAUGCUUCAACUACCACGGCUACGCCACCGAGCUGCAGGGCCUGCUUUUCGGCCGGCCGAACAUGGACCGCAUCAGCAUUGAGGGCUAUCGCGAGGAGGGCAGCACGACGACGCCGUUUGACAUGAUGCUCGUCAACUGCGUCAGUCGGUUUGACGUCGCGGCGAGGGCGCUUCGCGGCGGGGCCGCAUUCAAUGACAAGGUGAAGACGGAGCUGGACCGACUGUUGAAAGAGAUCGAUGGCCGCGUUGAGACGAUUCGGGACUUCAUCAACAAUGAGGGCAAAGGUCAGCUUUCUUCGCCGUGUGCACGCACUCUGUGA